GUGAUUAUCAUUAAUUAAGAAAUAUUACAAAACAACAAUCGAAAUAGCAUCUGAGGACUAAAAAUGGUGAAAUUGUAGAGACAUCUUUCUGAGUGAGGAAGUUAAAAUGUGUGAUGACCUCAUCCGUCAGUGUUUGCAGGGAAGUGUCUAAAGAGCGAGACUCUUGUUGGAGGCAGAUACAGAGUGUGUAAAAGAUACUGCUCAAGCCAAACGUGAUCAGAGAAUCACCAUGGCCUGCGCCGACAUUGAGAUGGACAUCCUAGAUGAUGAGUUUCCCCCAGCAGUUGGCCGGAGGGAGCCGCCUCCCCCUCCACUUCUGAUUCACUGUUACCAGGCCUCAGAAAUGAUGCCUGCUGCAAAAAGGCCGCUGCACAACCUGCUGCAGAAACAGCCAGCUGUGUUAGGGUCUCUGCAGGUAAUGAGUGGCCUCCUCAGUGUUGGAGUGGGGAUCGUUUUUGCUGUUACCCAACCCAUCCAAGGCUCCCUCUUAAAUCUGUUCAGAGUCUCACAACUGACUGGAGUGCUUUACAUAAUUGCUGGACUUGUUUCCAAUCUGUUGUUCAAAUUUCCGGCAUUAUUAACUGUGUCUCUUGGAAUUAACUGCGGCUGCAUUAUUUUAGCUGUUGUUGCAGCUUGUCUGAUAAGCGUGGACCUGGCUCGGGGUUGGGCUUCGGCUUCGGGACCUAACGAGUACAUAAAGAUGGAAUUGCUGGAGCUGUGUGUGUUGGGGCUGGAGAUUUUCCUCUCUGUAGUCCUCUGCUUCUGGUUCACUAAAGAGAAACGUUCAAAAUUACCAUGAUCAAACUGCAGCAAGCUGAAGCUUAAAAUGAAUGGUGUAUAGAGGAUCAGGAGCUUUUUCUACAUAAAAGACUAGAGCUAUAUGCUGAACAGAAGUACUUCAAUGAAAAGAAUCUAGGCCUUCUGUACAUUAAGAGUGGCAUUGUGUUUUGUUGCCUAUAUUGUUGCUGGUUGUGGUAUGAGUCUGAUGUUUGACUUGGAUUGUGAACACAAGAACUGUGGUUAGCAUGUGACAGCGCCUCUGCAAAACCACUCCUCCUCCCCCCUGUACACCUUCAUGUAAGGUUAGUGGUGUGUCACACUUUGCAGAAGUAUCUAGCGUUUAGUAUUUAGCGCAAAGGCUUGUGUGUGUGGUUUUACACUGUUAUCAGUGGAAAUAUCUGCAACUUUUUUUAAAGCUUAAUUUACGCUUUGAACGUUUCUCUUAUGGUACAAAAAUGCUUGUUAAAGUUAUUUGGUCAAUCAUUAGUUGGUAUAAAUAAAGUGAACACAACAAUAUGUUUAAAAUAUUUUAUUCAACUGUACAAAUCUGUCAUAACUCAAGACUGGUGACAAAAGAAAUACAACAGUACAAAUACAAUAGUCUGGUUCGGUUUGCUAUUUUUUGCAUCUUGUAAAACAAAUCUACAAAUUAAACACAUGACUAGCUCAUUAAAACAAAUGUACAGUCCUCUGACGUACCGCUGCGACAGUUUAUAUCAUGUCAGUUCAUGUCAGUUGUCAAUUUACAUUAUCAUCGUGAAAUCUUUGAUGGUUGAGUUUCACCCAUUAAAGUCUUUGUGCUCCAA